AUGCCCCUUGGCCAGUCGUCGCCUUUCGAGACGAUAGACGACAAGCACCAUGCCGGUAUCAUUAUCAUCACCACCGCUACCUGUCUGAUAAUCUCGCUUGUCUGUCUACUCAUACGGGUUUGCGUGCGGAUAUUCCUCAAUCCACCAUGGGGAUCAGAUGACAUCAUCCUGUUGGGUGCGACGACCUCUGCUAUCGCCGAGUCGAUUAUCAUCUUUCAAGCCGCGAGCAUUGGGUUUGGGACGGACAUGUCGUUACUCACCAAAAACGCCGUGGAUGGCGUGCAAAAUUCCCUUCUCGCGGCCAAUAUCUUGUACCUCUUCACUCUAUACCUCUCGAAAUGCUGCAUCGUUGCAAUCUACUUACGCUUGACGCCCCGGAAGCGCCACAAGGGCAUCCUCUGGGCGACCUUUGGGCUUAGCACAUUCUGGGUUAUUUUCUCUGUAAUGGCUAUUGCAUUCAACUGCGAGGGAAAUAAACCUUGGGUUGUACCUGGUGAACAAUGCCAUAGACUGUUUUCCCGCUGGCAAGCAAUCGCCGCCUUCGAUAUUUCGACCGAAAUCUUAUUAUUCACCUUUUGCAUCGCGCUUAUUUGGGGUCUGCAGAUGCACAUGUCACAUAAAAGCGUGAUCAUGGUAUCCUUUGCGGCGAGACUACCACUAAUUGUGCUCUCCGCCCUUCACCUCUUCGCCCUGAAAGAAUAUACAACCAUCAAAAACCCUACUUUCACCGCAAUCCGCCACAUGAUCUUCACUCAGGUCCACCUCAACUACGCUCUGAUAGCAUGCACGGCCUUCUGCCUGCGCCCAUUCAUGAAUGCACUCACAACCCACUAUGGCACAGCCGGGGACUCCAGCCUCCUCGGUAGUAGCAACGGUGACUACGGCUACAGGUAUGGCUCCAGGAGACGGGGGAAUGCAGACCUCUACACAUCGGGGCGGUCGCGGGAUUCUGAGAUAGGGUCUGUGAAAGGACGACCUGGGCGCCGGGCGAGCGGCAUUAUCAAGGAGAGGCUAUACGUGGGCGAGGGAACGGGAAAUGGGACAGUUGUUUGUGAGGCUCCAGAGCCGCCGCACUUAGCAGAGGAGAUGUCCGAAGAGGAUAGGGACAGUAUGCGAAGUGGGAGUGAUGGAAGUAUGAAGAUGAUCAUUCGGAAGCAUGUGGAGUAUUCUGUUUCUGUGGGACAUCCAUAG